GUAGAUCUCACGUGACCACAGUCGACGUGUGCAGAAAUCCUACUAGUCUGGUCCUUGUUCCCUUGUGGGUACCAGCUUUCUUCAGCGGUGCAGGCGGCUGUGCCCGAGACCAGUGAAAGGAGUCAAUUUUUAUCAGAAUUUUACAGGUUUGUCUGCCGCUGUGUUCUUAGCACCGCCCAACGCAAAAAAAAAAAAAAAAAAAAAAAAAUUAGGAGUUAGAAACUGACCGGAUCCCGGAUCGGUACUAGAAGUAAUUGCAUUCAAAGGGGAAAGAAAGAAAGAAGGAAAGAGAGGGAAGCAGACAAAAGAUGAAGCCCUGCCAAAAAUUUGAAGAAAAAACAGAAAAUGAGAAUGAGCCAAAGUAUGAGGAAGAACCAAAGCCUGAGGAAAAGCCAGAAGAGGAGGAAGAACCGGAGGAGGAGGAAAAAGCAGAAGAAACUUUUAGAGAAAGAUUGAUUCAAUCUCUAGAGGAAUUUAAAGAAGAUAUACACAACAGACAUUUAAGCAAUGAAGAUAAGUUUAGAGAAGUCCAUGAAAUUGAUGAGGUUAGGAGAGUAAGAAACAAACUGAUAGUGAUGCGUUGGAAGGUUAAUCGAAACCAUCCUUAUCCCUACUUAAUGUAGUUUAGUUUGAUUUCUGUGUUAUUUGAUAUUAGCAUUGUGAUACAGUUUUCCCUUUUAUCAGUAUUUUCUUAGUGUAUCUUUAUUCAUCUUUCUACUAUUUGCCUGUUAUAUUAGUUUUAAUAGCUUGUUAUAGUAGUUUUAAAAGUAUUACUAGUUAUCUGCAUUUCACUGUUUAUUGUAUUUUGAGCCAAUCUACAAGUCUUUAUCUUUUUAAAAGUUUUUAUUAGUCUAUGUUUGUAGUACAUAAUGAUUACAUUCAUUGUGGAAAGUUGGUGCAUGAACAUAACAUAUCUCAGUUCUUUCUACAUCCCCUUACCUUCCUCCCCCUUUCUCCUUUUCUGUCUUUUAUUAUAAGAACUUUGCUAAUUUGUAAAAGAAAAAGUUUCCUGAUAUGAUAAAAAAUGAGAAAAAAUUACUAAGUCAAUCAUAUGUGAAUGUCAUUUUUUUAAAAAAAUUAUUUUUAAAAAGCAAAAUAAAAAAAGGAUUGAAAUAAUAAUUUCAAAAAACAGUAAAAAAUCAACUCUAGUUAAUAUAUUACACAGUUAAUCUUAGAAGUAGUUGCUCAUUUUUGAAAGAAAAUUAUAUUUGUAUACAACAUAUAUGCAUAUAAAUCUUGUGAAGGGUGAAACAGAAUGUAUAGUCUCAAUGGUGAGAUGGUGAAUGGUAUGCCUUCUGCUUUUUUAUGUUUUUGUUUGCUUGCUCAUUCCUAAAAUGAACAUACAUUAUUGCUGUUAAAAAUAAUAAACGUUUUAUAACUAAAAAAGAGACAACCAAAAUUAUUUAGUAGCUUACUUCUGAAAGUACUGGAGUACAUAUUACUUAAUAUUAAAAGCAAAUAAGAAAUUCAAAGUGUCACUGAACCACUGAGCUAGAAUGAAUUCUGUAUCUUUUGUCAUCUGUAGAAUAAGCAUCAUAAUCUCACAAAAAUAUUGUGGGGGUCAAAUAAAUAAUUGAAAGCUA